CGCAUCGUCUCCCAAACGAAUACAUUCAUCCGAAAUUCUCGAAAUGAUUCCUUCAAGCCCUUACAUCGGAUGAGUGUAAAUCUAAGGGAUGAAAUGGCUGUGUUUGGCAUCAAAGAGGCUCCCAUCAUGGACAUCAGUUGUGAUGAUCUAGAGUGGCAAGAAAAUGCAGUUAUUGGAAUCGGAGCGUUCGCCUCGGUUUAUCGAGGAACAUUAAAGAUAGAAGAAGGGGUUCAACCCCUGAGAGUGGCUUUAAAAGUGUGGAAAGAAGAGCUCAACGAGGCUACUGCUAGUGGCUUCCUCUCCGAAACAGAGACUCUCAGGAAGCUGAACCAUCAAUUUAUUGUAAAGUUCUAUGGUGCUGCUCUACAUAAGGAAGGGGAUCGGCUACGAACAAUACUUGUUAUGGAGCUCUGCACGGAAAACUUGAGGAGCCACAUUUUCCGGCAUAAAAGCAAGGUACCCGGUCAGUCAUCAACACCUACUGCUGCCAGAAAUGUGAUUGGAUGGGCAAAAGAUAUUGCCGAUGCUCUGAAAUACAUUCACAGACAAGGUAUCGUUCACAGAGAUCUCAAGCUGGAAAAUAUAUUGCUGUCGUUAGGAAAUGUUGCCAAAGUAGCCGAUGUUGGUGUUUCCAAAGAAGCCAAAGCGAUCACGGGUACCAUGACGGGGACUCCUAUGUAUCUCGCUCCGGAAGUGAUGAAGUCCUGUAUAUACGAUUACAAAGCAGACGUGUACAGCUUCGGUAUAAUGCUCUGGGAGAUGUGGUACGGUAAGAGAGCCCAUCUUGAUUUGGUAGGAGAUGUGAAGGAGUUUUAUGACAAGGUGCUUGAGGGCGCAAGACCUGCACAUGUUGAAGGCUCGAAGAAGCCUCCAAUUGGUUUGCGCGAUCUGAUGCAGGAUUGCUGGGACAAAAAACCUGAUAAUCGACCAGAUGCGACAAAGUGUCACAAGAAGUUGACUCAGCUCUAUCAGGACGCUGUAGCACCAUAUUAGUAAACUCUGAUUGUUAGGCAACCACCUUCAAUUCAUUUACUUUUUAAGUGUAUACUUUUGUGGAGCAGCAGUAAUCCCUUAUGACUGUUAUAGAAAAUAGAAUACCCUCACCUUCGCCAGUUUUCCCGUUUCAAACCGAGUUAGUACAUUAUAGAAACCUAUUUAGGUCUUAGUUAGUGCUAAUGUUAAGGACUGUAUCUUCCUGUUAGAAGUGUCCUUAAGGUUUUCCCCAACAGUCCAAUCAUCCUCUCAUUUAGUAUCGAAGAGUAUAUAACCAUACAGCAAUUCCAGUGAUUAAGUAGAUUACUUUUAUUUAGAGCCGGUAAACAUCUGUAUCAAUACCCUUAUAACUGAUUUGUUUUGGCUUUAGACAAAUAGUGCCAAUUUUCAAAUUUAAACGAAGAGCAACAAGAAAAUGCUACAGGCGGAUAUUGUUCUGACAGCUUGUAUGAUGGCUUUUUGCUGGAUUUAACGGUUAGUUUCACCAUCUGGUGUGAGACCCUUGUUAUGAGAGAUUUCCCAUAGAAAAUUUCGUUUUUUAAGUAUCUAAAUGUAAUGAAUUGCAGGAAGGUCAGAAAUCAUCUACCUACUUCUUGCAUAACCAUAGAGAAAGCACUAAAAGGGCCAAAUGACGUGAAAUUAAUCGAAGUUUCCUUGAAAGGAUUUCCAUCACUGAGAAGCGUAGUGGUAUCCUUGGAUCUCCCUCAUUGUCCACCAGUCAUCGCUUCAUAGUAUCGUUAAGUAUACCAUACAAGAUUUUCAAUGAUUAAGCUGAUUACUUUAACUUAGAGCAAAUUAGUAUCAAUUCCCUUAGGGCUGAUUUGUUUUCGCCUUUGACAAGUAUUGGCCAAGUUGCAAAUUUCAACGAAGAGCAACAGGAAAAUUGGCUAUUGGCAAACAUUGCUCUGUCAGCUAAUAUGAAAGCUUUUUGCUGGAUUUAACAAUUAGUUUCACUAUCUGGUGUGAGACGCUAUUAAAGAAAACUCUGUCUUUUAAGUAGUUGUAUGAAAUAAAAAGCAAGAAGGUCAGAAAUCAUCUACCUAGUUCUUGCAUAAUCAUAGAGAAAGCCCUAAAAAGGUCAGAUGACGUGAACUGAAUCGACGUUCCCUUGAAAGGACUUCCAACACUGAAAAGCAUAUAUCUUCAUGAACGAAUUGCGUGAUCAACAUCGGCAAAAGAUAAAGCACUAUCAUUUCCUCUUAAUAUUGGUAAAUGAGGCAAUGAGGCAUUUGCGAACACCUUUCGGGUUAGACUUAAAUA